AUGUCACUAGCGAUCCAUUACGGUUUAUGUAGAACUGCUGUCGUAAUGUUGUAUAUUAGGCCAAUGUUAAGGCAUGCCAGUCCACUCGCAAGAAAUGCCAAGCUUUGGCAUGGCUUUGGUCUGCCUAGAUUCAAUUCCUCUGCUUCUCUAGAUAACUUUGCAUCACCUUCCAAGAUCAUCAACGCUCAAGACAAUUUGAGCAUAAAUAUCACUCAACGGGCGGCAAAUAGGCUUGCAGAGAUAGCCAAGGAAUCCAACGAGGCUCUCCGGGUGUGUGUUGAGAGUGGAGGGUGUCACGGCUUCCAGUACAACUUAAAACUCAUCAAAAAAGAUGACAUCAGGCUGAACGGGUCUUCUUCGAGUCCACAACCCACAAAGGCCACAGAAACCGACGAAUUCGACCAGGAUUUUGAAGAAAACGACGCGGAAUUUGAAUCUGACCAGGAUACUGUAUUUGAGCUUCCCAACAAUGGAGGCCAAGUUGUGCUUGACGAGAAAUCGCUCAAGAUUCUCAACAACACAACCCUUACAUAUUCCACCGAGCUCAUUGGCUCGACGUUCAAAAUCAUGGGUGGCAAUAUGAAGAACAGCUGCGGGUGUGGGAGCAGUUUUGACGUCGAACUGUGA